AUGCGAUUUCACUUCAGCCAGUUCCAAGCUCUUCUUCUUUCCUCGUCUCCCGGGACUUGGCCGCCUUCGCUCUUCGCCUGCGACGAUGUUGGCGGGUCUGAGGGCGCCUCCGCCCCUGGCGCUGCCUCGAAGUCUGCAGCCGCUCUCUCUCCCGCGAAGGUUUGCGUGUCUUCCACAGACGCCGGGAGGCGUUUGGCCGCCAAGGAGGCGCAGCGCCGAGGGUUCCUCACUCAGUUCGUUCCUGUCUUAGAGAAGAAGGCCGUCCGUUUCUCAGUCGUCAAAGCCAACUUCCUUUUUCUCUUCCCGCCGACCGAGCUUCCCGAGCACCUGUGGCUCCAGCAGCAGCAGGCGCGCCUCAACGGCUUGCCUCAAGGCCAGGCGGCAACGCCAUCUUCGCCUCUCGGACUCUGGCUGGAAGACGGGCGACACAUUCGGGAAGGGCACACGAGUGACGACGAGCUCUUGUAUGAUAUCGAGGUCAUCCUCCUUGAGGAUGUCCAGGUCGCUCCUGUGCGCAAGAGACUAACUCACCUCUCAUCGCCAGGUGCUCUCGGACUCGCGGGUGCUGCGUUGGUGGGUUUUCUGCCUGCAGACAGUGCAUUCGGCGAGCGAUUUCCAGACGAGGAUGAUGUGCAGUAUGAAGACGACCUAGCACAUGGUCAGCAGCAGGGAGCAGGUGAAGGCCCUAGUGGGAAGUCAGAGACUGGGGAACGUGGGCAAGAGGCGAAAUUUGAGUACGGAAUUUCUCUGCGCUUCGCUGAGUGCAACGAAGAGUACUUCCUCUUUGCCAAAGACCGAGCAAGCCGCCAGGCGUGGCUAGAUGCCGUCCGAAAGGCUAGCAAUCUCCGGGGUCAGCUGGAGGCCCUCGUCCAGGAGGCGUCGGAGGCUCGCUUCGCGGCAAGCCGGUACUGGGCACGAUGCAGAGCGCUGCGCUUCGAGGCGCAAAAGUGGAGUUCUCAAGUUCAGUGCAACGCAGAGAGGAGUCACCGCAAGCUCAGGGCGUGCGAUGCCAAAGAACAUGAUAAGCUCUGUGAGCGAGUCGUCAUGCUGGAGGAGCUUGUGGAUUCGCUCGAGGGGCAGUUAGUCUUGGCCGAAGAGUCGAAGACGGAGAGCGGCUUGAACAGGGAAGUCGCGAUCUUGCAGGACGCGCUGCUCGUUGAGGCUGAAAAGACAAGUCGCCUAACACAAAUUCUCUGUGAUGUCUCUGCCGCCCUCCCCUGCGACAUUGGAGAGAAAAUACGGCAGCUUGUGCAGAGACUAGCGGGCGACUCUUCGCCGCCCGCCCCUGCGUGUGCUCCUUCCCCUUCUGCACCGGCCGUUGCGGCGAAACAGAAAGCAGGUCCUCCGCCGCCGCAGGCCAAGAAAACGGAGAAACAAACUGCUUCGCCGCCUCCGCCGCAGUUCCUGAAAACCGCACUCCACAGCCGUUCGCUCUCGGCUCGUGUGCCUCAUACGAAACUACGAGAGGAGGAAGGAGCGGAGGGUCUCGCGCGUGGGACGCGUAGCGCGUGCCUUCCACAGGGCGAGCGAAGUAAAGGACAUGCUCGGGAAAGCGAGAGCAAGGAUACAACUAACCGGCCAAGCCAAGACGCGGCUGACAGUCAGUUGCAGAGCCCAGCCCUGAGGCCUCAUCAUUCUCCUCGCGCUUUUCUCCCCGUUUCUUCUGCGUGCUCUCUGCGGCGUCCCGUUGGAGAAACAGUGCCAUGUCGCUAUACCGAGGGCAGGUCCACGGCGGCGUCUUCCAGAGGACGCCGACGUGGAGAUACUAGGGAAGGUGAUGAGUUGGCCUUCUCUGAUGGGGGAGCGACACGCCUUCCUUGUUCCUCUCUGCACCUGUGUCUGCCUGACGACGUCGUGCAGCUCCCAGAUGUUUGUAUCUCCUCGGCUUCACCGGCGCGGUUCUUCUCGCAGGCAACACUGGGCGCCUCCCCUACUACCUCCAGUACUGUGGGGUCGCCGCCAGUAGAAGCGGCUGGGAAGGACGCUGUUGCAGAUGAGCCAGGAUUAGCAGUACACGUAAAAGGAGGUGCUUCCUCUGAUUCUGUUGCGCAAUCGCCUGACACAACGCAGCAAGCGCCGCGCGCCCACAAUAAUACGAAAUCACCUCAGGCAAGGUUAGCUGAGGGCUGCGCUGAAGGGCAACUGGCCGCAGGCCUCGCGUCUGUGAUACAACGAAAUGAUGUACAUUUGCAGUCACCCGUCAAGCUCACCAGCUCCUGUGCACUUCCACCCUCCAAAUCCUCAACAGCUUUGCCUCCUGCCUUGAGCAAGAAGGUCGCGUUCGUGGGCGCGGGGCCUCCCCCGGCGUCGCUGGUGCCUGUGCCUUCGUCCAAAGGGCGAGGCGGGGAGUCGCCAAGGGCGGCAACACCUUCCACAUCCGCCUCCUUCUGUGCGCCGUCUCUGCUUCGAAAAAGUCCCGCGGCAGUGAACCGAGACACGCCAGCACCCAGUGGCACACAGCCUCCUGUGGGGGUUGAGGCAGGGCGAGAAGAAGAGAGGCAGAAGCGUGCGCCUGCGGCUCCCGCAUCCUCGAUGCCGCCUUCUCGGUCGCCGCCUCCUCCGUCUGCGGCUGGAGGCCUCUCUCCGCCCGCUCCUGCCUCGAGCAAGAAGGUCGCGUUCGUGGGCGCGGGGCCUCCCCCGGCGUCGCUGGUGCCUGUGCCUUCGUCCAAAGGGCGAGGCAGGAAGUCGCCAAGGGCGGCAACACCUUCCACAUCCGCCUCCUUCUGUGCGCCGUCUCUGCUUCGAAAAAGUCCCGCGGCAGUGAACCGAGACACGCCAGCACCCAGCGGCACACAGCCUCCUGUGGGGGUUGAGGCAGGGCGAGAAGAAGAGAGGCAGAAGCGUGCGCCUGCGGCUCCCGCAUCCUCGAUGCCGCCUUCUCGGUCGCCGCCUCCUCCGUCUGCGGCUGGAGGCCUCUCUCCGCCCGCUCCUGCCUCGAGCAAGAAGGUCGCGUUCGUGGGCGCGGGGCCUCCCCCGGCGUCGCUGGUGCCUGUGCCUUCGUCCAAAGGGCGAGGCGGGGAGUCGCCAAGGGCGGCAACACCUUCCACGUCCGCCUCCUUCUGUGCGCCGUCUCUGCUUCGAAAAAGUCCCGCGGCAGUGAACCGAGACACGCCAGCACCCAGUGGCACACAGCCUCCUGUGGGGGUUGAGGCAGGGCGAGAAGAAGAGAGGCAGAAGCGUGCGCCUGCGGCUCCCGCAUCCUCGAUGCCGCCUUCUCGGUCGCCGCCUCCUCCGUCUGCGGCUGGAGGCCUCUCUCCGCCCGCUCCUGCCUCGAGCAAGAAGGUCGCGUUCGUGGGCGCGGGGCCUCCCCCGGCGUCGCUGGUGCCUGUGCCUUCGUCCAAAGGGCGAGGCGGGGAGUCGCCAAGGGCGGCAACACCUUCCACAUCCGCCUCCUUCUGUGCGCCGUCUCUGCUUCGAAAAAGUCCCGCGGCAGUGAACCGAGACACGCCAGCACCCAGUGGCACACAGCCUCCUGUGGGGGUUGAGGCAGGGCGAGAAGAAGAGAGGCAGAAGCGUGCGCCUGCGGCUCCCGCAUCCUCGAUGCCGCCUUCUCGGUCGCCGCCUCCUCCGUCUGCGGCUGGAGGCCUCUCUCCGCCCGCUCCUGCCUCGAGCAAGAAGGUCGCGUUCGUGGGCGCGGGGCCUCCCCCGGCGUCGCUGGUGCCUGUGCCUUCGUCCAAAGGGCGAGGCAGGAAGUCGCCAAGGGCGGCAACACCUUCCACAUCCGCCUCCUUCUGUGCGCCGUCUCUGCUUCGAAAAAGUCCCGCGGCAGUGAACCGAGACACGCCAGCACCCAGUGGCACACAGCCUCCUGUGGGGGUUGAGGCAGGGCGAGAAGAAGAGAGGCAGAAGCGUGCGCCUGCGGCUCCCGCAUCCUCGAUGCCGCCUUCUCGGUCGCCGCCUCCUCCGUCUGCGGCUGGAGGCCUCUCUCCGCCCACUCCUGCCUCGAGCAAGAAGGUCGCGUUCGUGGGCGCGGGGCCUCCCCCGGCGUCGCUGGAACCAGCGGGGUUUUCCAAAGGCCUUGGGAAGGCGACGAAGCGGACGGCGUCUGAGUCCAGUUCAGCGUCGUUCUGUCCUCCGAGGAUCAUGUGUAAAGACAUCAGCAUGAAGCAAGAGGUAGUGCUUCUUACCUUCUCGGGCGACGCAGGGAAUGCGGGCCGGGGACCGGCAGGAAAGCGUGAGAACGCCUCAGUCGGAGAGACUGACGCCAACCAUGAAGGCUUCCCGAAGACAGGCCGCGAUUCGUCCCUCUCAGGACUGUCGCAAUUGAAGCCAGCAACGCCUCAAGGUGCGUCUGUGAAGGUUGGGUCACAAGAGGGGAAGAAAGAAGCUUUUUUGUCACCUUCGUCUACGAAGGGCGCUCUCGCUGGAAAAGGCGGCAGUCCCUCACCAGGAGCAACGCAGUCUGCCCCCGAGAAGCUCAAGUCGCAGGUUCCUGCGCCGUCGUUCAAAUCAGGGGUAGGUAAAGCGUCGCAAUCGCCAGGAUUCGAAAAGCGGUUUCAGAAGGCCAAAUUAUCAUCGGGCACCAAGGCAGAUCUGGGAGACGAAGGGCUUCCCUCCACGACAGGAGAGAAGGCGAAUGCUGGAAAGGCCAUUCCAUCCUCAGCCAGUGCGGCCGCAGGUGUGGUUCCCUCGAGAGAGAUCCAGUCGCAGUCCGCGCCAGCUCAGAAGACCGCGGGUGGACUCCUGGAGAAGCGAUCUAGCAGCCCUCCGCAGAGGAAGGCGUCUGUUUGUUUGGCGGAUUCAAAGCAACUCCCUGCAAAGACACCAGUUCCCGCGGGCUCGGCCUCGCCCAGCACUGGGGGGGCAGUGUCUUCAGCGAAACGCGUGACGACCAAGGUGUCUCCGCAUCUCGAAGCUGCCGCCUCUCGGCCGUCGCUCCCAGCCACGCUUCCGAGAGCGAAGGCAAGCACACCAGAUCAUCUGCAGCAGCCAGGAUGUACGCCCCCAGCACAGGAAGAGGCAACUGGCACAGCGGGAUGCUAUCUAGGGCCGACGGAAAAGAAGCCUGGCUCGCUUCCGAAGAAAGGAGUAAUCUCUGCUGCUGACGCUAAAAAAGGCGUUUUUGUCAAAGCGACACUGCCCGGAAAAGUGGGAAAAACAGUGGCAGCUGGACUGCCGAAGAGUGAAACGAGCUCGGGUCCAUCUGGCUCCAAAGUCGUGACAGCGACCAGCACGCCAAAGUCAAAGCAACUGCUUUCCGCCGCUUCUCCUGCAAAGGCAGGAGGGAAGGAAGGAGGGGUCAAGAAGGAAAGGCCGCCAGGGGGAUCACCGCAAAAUGGCGGCGAAGGUGAAGCUAGUCAACAAGGGGGAGAGGUGAGAGAGCAAGCGAAAUCCGUCCCCGCCAUGGCACUGAAGGCUAGCCUUCCGCAGCCAAGCGAGAAGGCGCCGCAGGCGAAAAGUGCGCCUACCAAACACGCGGUGAACGAGCCUGCUUCUUCCUCAGGUCUCGGCGGCGGCAUGUCUGCGUUUCGUGACUCGAAGCGCAUUGUAUCUGAUAAUGUAGAUUCGAAGCAAAAUCAUACUCCUGUCGUGUCUCCUCCUAGUCUGAGUGCGCCCACGUCGCUGAUGCAGCAUGCACAGGUAGGAACAGAGAGUCAUAAAGCUGAGAGAGAGUCAGAUUUGCGGCCGAGACGGUCAGGCAGUCAUCAUCGCCGGAAGACGCAUCGAAGACUUGAGGACUUUCUCGCUCUCCUGGAAGAAGAAGGCGGAGCCGACAUCACCGCCAAGCUGAUUAAACGACUGGAGGCCCUGUACAGCCGCCUAGGCGGUCCACCGCCUGCGACGUUUGAGGUCCGCUCAAGCCAGUCAUCCUCCCCCCCAUCGCCAAUCGACGGGAUCAACCCUCAGUCGCUGGGGUACGUUCCUCUUCUUGACCGCGUUCGGGCACUAGCGGCCGAGGCACCGCGAGUCCCCGAUUUUCCUGGCCUCGGCUCCGUCCGAGAGGAGCGUGCGGCCGGAUCUAAAGGAUCCAUUCCUGCAAAGGAGGGGGGGAGCGAGCACGCAGAACCUGUGGUGAAGCAGGCCAGAGUUGUGGAAGCUGUGCCAGAAGCGCUGGAGCCAACGAGGAUAGAAGCCCCUUCGCCUCCAGCUCAAAACGCAGCCGCAGCAUCUGGCAAACCGGCGGGCGUGGACGUCGUUCAGGAGGCAGAGAAAAGGGCAUCGCAGGCGUUGGCAGCGCUGGCCGCGCGCAGACGAGAGGAGCAGACAGCCAGGGCGCGCCAGACGGAAGAAAAUCAGGCUCAAGUGAAGGCAGAACGAGCCACCCGAACGAGUUUUGACUACGAACCAGAGUCCCAAAGAGAGUGGCAACGUUUAACGCGGGGGUGGUCUCUCGAAGGACUAGGGGUCGUUGAGUCAUUAUGUGAACCCGAGACCACAGCCGCCAUCACUGCAAGCGAGAGGCCGGCAGACGUAGAUUUAGGCGUCUCUCUCUUCGUACCGGUGACAUACGAGGGAGACAAUCUCAGAAGGACGACUGUAUACGACCCACUGAGUGAUGCAGAAAGGCUGAAGCAAGAAGCAGAUGAAGGUGUGCUCGGUAUUUGUGUGCGGCAACGAAGGUACAUCAUUGGUUCACACCAGCCUCCGCCUCCGGUCGCCUCACCCAUCCUGAAUGACUCCUCUGGUGAUGAGAGGAGCCAACCCCGCGGAAAUCGGCGAACACGUCGACGUGCAGCGAGAACUCGCCUUUCGCUGAUGCCUCUAUUCUCGCGUCAGAUAGCGAUGCGGCAACAUCUUGAGGAUUUAAAAGCGCAGAGGCGCCGGGCAAUGCAGGCGUCGCACGAACAGCAUACACGCAAGCAACGAAGGAUACGGAGAAAGGAGCCGAAAACACAGAAUGAUGAUAUUUUCGCUGCUGUCCGACGAGACAGACGUCGUCUUCAGUCUCACAGACCGUUCUGGGCACGGCUGGGUCGGAACACGGAUCUACAGGCGGGCGACGCUCGUAGCGAUCUCUCAGAACGAUCUUCCUUCGAUAGUGACGAUGAGGAGGACGAGAAAAGCUGUUUUGUCGCACGUCAAAUGGUGCAGAGGAACUACGAACAGUUACUCAACUUGGGAAUGACCGCCGGAGGGAAUCGCGGACAGGAAUGA